UAAACAUAGGUUUUGUAAGAGAGGGAAAAAUAUAAGGAAUUCGAAACCUGUUCAUCUUCAUCCUUUCUUGUACUGUUCACUCCUCAGCAUCUCUCUCUCUCUCUCUCUCUCUCUCACUGUACGCGCAUAGACGCUCCUCAUCUAGAUCGAUCGGCUCUGUUAACGUCUCCAUCUCGAUUGCUCGACCAAGUUUCUCUCUCGCAAUCUCUUCUACAAGGAAUCGCCUGAGCUCUAUAGAUGAAGAGCACCGAACCAGUUAGGGUUGCCGUCAACAUACGGCCCUUGCUUACGUCGGAGGGAUGCACCGAUUGCAUCACCGUCACACCUGAUGAGCCACAGGUUCACAUAGGAUCUCAUACUUUUACGUAUGAUCUCGUAUUUGGAAACAAUGGCUUACCUUUUUCAGAGAUCUACCACCGAUGUGUUGCUCCUCUUGUGGAAGAUCUCUUCAAGGGGUACAAUGCAACGAUUCUUGCUUACGGACAGACUGCUUCAGGUAAAUCAUACACCAUGGGCACUAACUGUGGAGCAGAUGGUGGUGGCAUUAUACCAAAAGUGAUGGAAGAUGUCUUUACUAGAGUGGAGGCAGUCAAAUCUCAGAUACGAAUAUCUUUCCUUGAGAUUUAUAAUGAAGAGAUUUACGAUUUGCUUGCUGCCUCAAAACCGUCGAGAGCUCCAAUUAGAAUCAGAGAAACUAAUAGUGGAGAGAUAACUUUGCAAGGCGUAACUGAGGUACAAGUGAAGACUAAAGAGGAGAUGAGCUCGUAUCUAGCACGAGGCUCUUCCACUCGUGCUACUGGCAUCACAAACAUGAAUAUACAAUCAAGCCGUUCACAUGCUAUCUUCACAAUAUCUGUGAAAAUCACAACAGCUGAAGAAACAUUGUGUGCAAAGAUUCGUCUAGUUGACUUAGCAGGGUCAGAGCGUGCCAACCGAACAGGAGCUGACGGGAUACGAUUAAAAGAAGGCCGCCACAUCAACAGUAGUCUUCUAGCGCUUGGGAAUGUGAUCAAGAUACUAGGAGGAAAUGAGAGAAAUAAAAAGAAAGGAGUAUGUCACAUUCCUUACCGUGUUAGCAAGUUAACUCGCUUGCUUCAGGAUUCUCUUGGAGGCAAUAGCAAAACCGUGAUGAUUGCUUGUGUAAGUCCAGCUAUUACAGAUGUUGAAGAGACACUGAGUACGCUGAGAUAUGCAAAUUAUGCUCGCAACAUUAAGAAUAAAGCAGUGGUACAAAAGCAGAAGCCGUCUACACCAUGCUUUGAUGCUAUGGUGAAGGAGCUCACACCAUCAAAUUCGGAUGCAAAGAACAAAACAGUGGUACAGAAGCAUACGCCAUCCUCUGAUUAUGAUGCUAUGGUCAAGGAGCUCACACCAUCACCAUCAAAAUCGGAGUCUUUGCCGGUCUAUGACAAGAUGUGUAUGAUAAGGAGGAUGUGUUCCAAGCUUUUUCUGAGCUUAAGAUCCCAUGGACUUCCCAAGCAGCUAGGUUUGAUGAUCUUUUUGCCUCCACCUCAUCACCUUCAGAGCUGA